CGUGUCGAUACGGCACCGGGAACGUCCAGUUAUCCGUUAAUUCGUUACGCGCGUGGACUGCUCGAUAGCACUGGGUGCUGUGUACAGAGGGUUGAGCACGCCGCCGCCGCCCAAGGUCGGAAAGGGUGCGGGCGCCCACCCCCGCCUCAUGCCGCGGUCACUCGUCGGACUAGAGCCGCAGAAGGCGCGCGCUCUUACCACCAUCUAUGCCCCGCGAAAACAGAAGUCGAAGAAAAACAAAACCGCACAGAACAGAAUGCUCGACAGCAACCUGCCGGUGAAAACUAUACCCCCUUUUCAUCCCCUCCCCGCCAUCGGACAGAAGUCACCACCGAAAGCUAAAGUAAUCGUUUUCGAUAUACAAACCGAAAAUACGAUCGAAGAUCAAGCGUUGAAACUUCAAGAAGUUUUAAAGCCCUUAACGCCAUUGAGCAUACAUGGAUUUAAAAGGAAGAACUCUUCGGAUCGGUUCGAGAGGAAACAUCGGCUUUUGAGAGAAAAUACUUACGAUGUAAUUGAACCUAUAUAUCUGAACGCAUCGAAGAAGGAGAACGAUGUGAGGAGUGCUUUAAAUUCGAAGGAUUCGGAGCAAGUUAAGAUGUCACCGAAAUCAAGGUUUAAGAAGGCGGCGAUGCACGUUGCGAAACUUACCUCUAUGCCGGAGACUGGAAAACUGUUAUGUAUGCGGGAGAGGGAAAAGAUUACAGUAAGUUUCGACGAGGAUAAAUCGUUCAAAUUGCAGGAGCUGCCGCACAGUCCGGCGCAGAAAAUUAACAAGCUCUCUGAAAUAUUUCAAUGUCUGGAAAUGAAGGGCCGGCACAGAGAUAGAAUGAAAAAAGAAAACAGUUGGUUUUAACUUGCGAUUACGGUACAAAAUAUUACG